CGGGGGCCGAGGAGGGACAUUUUAAAAGGGCCGGAGAUUGCGGGCGUCAGUGGCCAUGGCGGAUACAGCGACUACAGCAUCGGCGGCGGCGGCGGCGGCGGCGGCUAGUGCCGCUAACGCCUCGACCGAUGCACCGCCUUUCCAGCUGGGCAAACCCCGCUUCCAGCAGACAUCCUUCUACGGUCGCUUCAGGCACUUCUUGGACAUCAUCGACCCUCGCACACUCUUUGUCACUGAGAGACGUCUCAGAGAGGCUGUGCAGCUGCUGGAAGACUACAAGCAUGGGACCCUGCGUCCGGGGGUUACUAAUGAGCAGCUCUGGAGUGCACAGAAAAUCAAGCAGGCUAUUCUACACCCGGACACCAAUGAGAAGAUCUUCAUGCCCUUUAGAAUGUCAGGUUACAUUCCUUUUGGGACGCCAAUUGUGGUUGGUCUUCUCUUGCCCAAUCAGACAUUGGCGUCCACUGUUUUCUGGCAGUGGCUGAACCAGAGCCACAAUGCUUGUGUCAACUAUGCAAACCGGAACGCUACGAAGCCUUCACCUGCAUCCAAGUUCAUCCAGGGCUACCUGGGAGCUGUCAUCAGUGCCGUCUCCAUCGCUGUGGGCCUUAAUGUUCUGGUUCAGAAAGCCAACAAGUUCACCCCGGCCACCCGCCUUCUCGUCCAGAGAUUUGUGCCGUUCCCCGCCGUAGCCAGCGCCAACAUCUGCAACGUGGUCCUGAUGCGGUACGGGGAGCUGGAGGAGGGGAUUGACGUCCUGGAUGGUGAUGGCAACCUCGUGGGCUCCUCCAAGAUCGCAGCCAGACAUGCCCUGCUGGAGACGGCGCUGACGCGGGUGGUCCUCCCCAUGCCCAUCCUGGUGCUACCCCCGAUCGUCAUGUCCAUGCUGGAGAAGACAGCUCUCCUGCAGGCGCGCCCCCGGCUGCUCCUCCCCGUGCAAAGCCUCGUGUGCCUGGCAGCCUUUGGCCUGGCCCUGCCGCUGGCCAUCAGCCUCUUUCCCCAGAUGUCAGAGGAUCUUGGCUCCCCGACCAGGGAUCGAACCCGCACCCCCUGCAAUGGAAGGCGAAGUCUUAAUCACUGGCCCGCCAGGGAAGUCCCCCUGGGAGAGAGUUUUGUCCGUGCUUUUCAAAUUAGUAUUUCUGCCUAUUAAAAUGGUGCUAAUUUUAAAACUAAAAUUGCAAAUAAUAAUAAUACCUACCAUUUGCCAAACAUCUACUAGGCCAGGUCGUAUGCCGGGAACUCUGCAUGCCUUGUAUUAAAUCUUCCUAAUGCCCCUCAAGUCCAAGGCAUUACUGUUUAUCAAAGGGUGUUGCCUAGACAGUUAGAUGUGUGUGUCUCAGGCUCUGGGGCGAGAUUUUGGCUGGGGAACAGGGAACCUUUGAUGCAUGGUAGGGACUGAAGUCCUGGAAGGGUUGAGGUCUCUGUAGAAGGAAGAAAAGCUGUUAAAAGAGGGCAGGAGCAGGCAGGGAAGAACCCUGAUGAGCAGUUUCAUGGACGCUGAGGACAAGGGCAUUUCGAGGAGGAGGGGGCUCCCUGCAAGUGAGCUGCUGCCAGGGCACUAGGAGUUGACAACAAUCGGGGGUUGUGGCUGGGCGAGGCAGUCUAGGAGGCAAAACGGCAGUCAGGUUUCUCCCUUUGUUCAGAGAAAUGAACUCAGGGAUGGGAAGCCAUUGGAGAACAGCAAAGAUAAUUUCACUCAUUGGUGUUCUGUGAGAUGGGGGGGUGGGGGCCUGGAGAAAAGGCAGUGAUGGGGAAGCAAUCACACAGCCCAGGGUAGAAAGGCAUGGCCUCCAAGAGGUCCUGGGGUCCAGUAAGUACAAGGGCCUGGUUGACUGUGGUGGUAAAAUGUGGACCCAGAACAUGACAGUCCUGUGAGGUUCGUACCAGUAUUAUUCCACGUUUACAAAUGAGAAAACUGAGGCACAUCAAGGUUAAGGACCUUGCCCAAGGUCCAAAGUUGGUAAUGAUGGAAUAAGCUCUGUACCCACAAAAGGAUUCCAUAACCCUCCUCAGCCCACCCCCAUCUCGCUAUAAAAUGAGAAGGCCCAAGUCUGAGCCCCAGAUGGCUCCUUGCUCAUUUAUCGGUAGGAACAUUCCAGUGCCCUCACCCAGCCCUCGUCCUUCAUGGGGAAUCCAUGUUCAGGUUCACAGGGACCUUCUGAAGCAGGUGUUUGUGCCUUUGUUCUCUAACCCAGAGCUGAGGCAGGAGGCGGGGGUAGGGGGUCUAUGGGCCAGCAGUUUGGGUAGGGAGCCUCCUUAGGAACUUGGGUGUGAGGACAGGGGAGCAAGGUCUGGCCUCCCUUCUGAGCCCCGGUCCUGUUGCCGGGAGUGUGGGGUCUGCCCCGGUGGACACUGUGACCUUCAGAUUAAGGCUGUAGGGCAUUGGCCAAGGCCAGCUCAGCCCAGCAUGGACAGGCCCAUCUGCACCCAGAUACUGGGGGGAUUUCCCCUUUUGCUUGUAACUUGGAGGGCCAUGUCAUAGCCCCCUGCUCUCAGGGAGCCUCUGUUCUGGGGGUGCAGACAGAAGCCAAAUAACCGAGGAAUGUCAGGUGAUGGUGCAGCUAUGAUGGAAAGGAGAGGGCUGUGUUGGAGCUUGCCCAGGGCUGUGCUGGGUCAGGCGGGCUGCAGAGGCCUCCCUGUGGCAUGUGGGGCCUGAUUUGUGGUGACCUUUCUGGCCCUGCCCUCUCUGGAGAUUGGGGCUCUGGGCCCCAGGCCAACGUGGUCAUCUCUGUCCUCCCUCAGACAUAUACAUGCAUGCGCGCACGCGCGCGCGCGCACACACACACACGCACACACACACACACACACACGUAUGCUGGUGUCUCAGCUUCCUCGAGGGAGAUGUCCAAGGUCCAGUCUCUGGACCCAUGGGCUUGGCUGCCACAAGAGGCUGGACCUGGGGAUGGUGAAUGUCCUUCCAAUUCUGACAGCCGGUGUUCCCCACCUGGGAGCGCUUCCAAUCCCAUUUAAUGAACCUCGUUAAGGUUCAAGAAGCAGUACCUUGGCCAAGUACCCUGCCCAUGGCCCUGCCUGUUUCUCUCUCUUUGUGCCUCUCUCCUUCGAUUCCUCUGGGCUCUCCCCCACCCCAUUCCCCUCUCUUUCCCUCGCGAUUCCCCCCGGGAGCUCUGGGAGGGGGGGAAGCUGGGGAACUGGGCUGCACAUACAAGCCGGUGCCAUUGUUCGACAAUCUGUUUUUGUCUUCAUCUUGUUGGCAGGCGGCAGGAGAGGAGCAAAAGGUUAAUGAGACACUGUGCAGCGGGAUUACCGACGGCGGGCGGCGGGCGGGCGAGCCAGCCAUGGUGACAGGGAACUAAUUAGGAGCAGUUUAACAGGAGGAAAAAGUGAAAUCUCCUCUUCACCAACUGUCAAUAAUUAGCUGAUUUGGUGAGGUUGAAAUGUGCCCACAGGAAAAGUUGGGGCUUUUCUGUGGAUGAGUGAGGCUGUGGGUACGGAGGCCCCAGGCGGCUCCGCCCUGUCCCUAGGUGGGGCUCAGGCCGGGGGCCGCCACACAUGCCCCAGGUCUGCCCUCCUCCCAUCUGGCUGGCACCCCCCGGCCUCAACUCUCUGUAUGACUUGGUCUUCGCCCUAAGGACCUCAGUUUCCCCUGCCAUAAGAUAAGGUGUUGUAUGUAAGCCUUUCUCCUGGUUCCGCCCAUGAGGAUUCUGGAAGUGAAACCAUGAGACCGGCCCCUGGUACUAGAGCAGGGAGAGCCGGUGGCGGGCUGUGUGGCCUUAAGUCAGCUGCAGACCCUCGGGUGCCUCUCCGGCAGCGUGGCUGUGCCGCCCUCUCGGGCCAGGUGUGGCUUAGGGAUGGUGCUGAAUGCUGAAUGGGCAGAACCUUCCUCGGAACAUGCCUUCCAGCCCCUGGACCCUCAUUCAGCUCCUCUGUCCUCCCAGCAGCAACAGGGGCUGAGGUUGGGGCACAGGCAAGGUGGGGCCGGGCUGCUGCCAUAGGGCUGGGGGCUCCUCGAGUGUGUGUGUGUGUAUCUCCCCCCGGCACCAGUUUUGCGGGGUCCACGUGAAGCCAGGGAGUCAGGUUCACUGGCAGCGAGGGUGGUUGCCCUGCAGUUGUCUAUUGUCGGCUGUUGGUUUGCUGGCCCCUGCCCUUUGGCCUUCCCUGACACCUCAGCAGAGGACCCCCUCCCCACCCUCCCUCUGCCUCUCCAGCUUCUGCCAGACACCUUGACUGGAAGAAAAGGUAGCAUCUGAGCCCCCCAGGGCUUGCUGCUCAGAGCCUCCCCUGUCAGCCCUGCUGAACCCCCAACCCCCUCCCUCUCAGCCCAGCCCCUCCUCACCUCAGCCCCGGAGGGUCCAAAGAACCAGAAACCUAGGCCCUCCUUAUGUCCUCACACUAGUCACCCUGGCCCCAGAGGUUGGCUCUUAGAGGUCACACGCACGCUGUAGAUGAGGUACCUGAAGGUCCAGCUCAGCCAUGCCCCGGCUCACCCCGCUACCUCUUCCAGCUCCCCCUUCCAGCUUCCAUAGUUAUGAAACAAAGAGGCACAUCAUCCCUGUAUGGGGAAAGAAUGUGGGUACCCCCAGUGGGUACCAGAACCUCCACCAUCUCUCUCCCCAUCACCAGCCCUGAAGAAAAUAGUAGUUUUGAUGAACCAGCUUGGCCGGGAGCUGUGACUUAGCAGAAGCAAAUGUCUCCCCCAGCUUGCCUCCGUUUCUCCGAGAAAGCAUUUGAACUCCCAACCAAGAACAGGGAAGAGUUGGGAAUGAGCUCAGGUCCACAUUCAAGCUGUUCUAGAAGAGGUCCCUCCUCCAGGAAGUCCUCCGUGAUGAGCCCCCCUAGGAUCUGUCUCUCCCCACACAUGUAGACUCUGGUCGCAUGCGUUUCCUGCAUCCCAUCUCCCUCCCCAGCACAACAGUCCUUUCUCCAUCCCUUGACUCAUAGGGUGUCUCUAAGGCUGAGAACUGGCACUAUUUAUUAACACCUAAUACAGAGCGUGGCUCACCUUGACUUCAUUGCUUCCUGCUUCUCCCGCUCUUCCAAGGCUGAUAUGAGGCCAGAAGCAAUGUCUAGGGGGUAGUGUGUCCCUCUUGAGUCCACAGAGAUUCACCAUCUCCCAGAGCACGUGCCUCCUCCCCUCCAAUCUCAAAUCCUUCUCUUACUUUGCUUGGAGAUGCUUGUUUGGGGCUUUUCUCCUUUACUGCUUUAAUCAGUCCCUAUUGAACUCUGAAGCGGGCUAUUUUUGCCAUCAGAAAUCUGCCGCCUCCCUGCCCGCUGCUUUCUUGGAGUUUGCCCACAGGACCCCCCAGGAGGGACGGAUGGGAAUGGCAAAGCCACUUGGAGCCCAGGAACGCCAACGCCACCUGUCACGUUGCCUGUUCCACACACCCCCACCCCAAACCUGCGCGUGCAUGCAGGCCCACACACGAGCACGUGCACGAACAUGCGCACACAUGCCCCGGUGACAGGCCUCAGCAGGGCCACCUCUCAGCCCAUCCCUCCCCAGUCCUUUCUAGGACCUUCUAAAACACCUAGCUGGAUAGAGGACAGGGAGGGAGGAGGCUUGGCUGUGCAAAGCUUCUGCUGAGAGGAUUAAACGCAUCAGUACGUGUGAAGCAUUUAGAACGUGCCUGGCCCACAGCAAGCGCUCGGCCCUGUGCGCCAUGAGGAGACACAGGCGAGCAAGACCCGGCCUGGUGGUGGGAUAGCCACGGGGUCCUGCCUUCCUUUAGCAGGUUUUCUAAGCCUCCAAAGGGCCUUCUCAUCCAUUUCUUGGUAAUAUCCACAUCCCAGCCCCAGGAGUAGAAAAGUCUUUCCACCUCACAUGUGGGGAAACUGAGAUCUUGAGAAGGUGGAGGACAGAGAACGAUUCUGAGUUUGGUCCACCAGAGGGCACCCAGGAACAGUGCAAAGCUCCAAAAUGGGGGGAGGGGGUGGUCUGAGCGUUCCGUGGGUGCCAUCGCACGGGGGGAUAGGAGGUAUAAGAUGAGGAUCCCUGAACUUGGGGAGUGCCGUUCGGUUUGAUUCCACUUUUACCGAGGGCCCACUAUGCACAUGGCACAGGGUGACUUGAGCUACCCUGAGCGGCUCACGCUGGGGUGGGGUGGCGGGGGGGGCCCUGUAUUCACAGCUGGCCUGCCUCUGGGGGUGUAAUCGGCCGGGGGCACCGGAGGAAGCAGCAAUGGAUUUGGUCUGAGAAGAUCAGGGGAAGCUUCCUGGAGGAUUAGGCCUCAAAGCCUACUCAUGCAACGUACUGGGCGUGAGAGCAGCCAGUGGGUGAGGAAGCUGGAGAAGGUCGCGGAAGACCUUGAGUGUCCAGCCAAGGAGUCUGACGUUCACUGGGAAGGCAGUGGGAGCCCAGAGCCAGCACCCGAGGCCUGACCCACCGAUCUAGGCUCAGGCCUCAGC